AUGGGGGUUCGGGCAAGUCAUGGUAGCCUUACGGAAAAUGUUGACAAGUUCUCGGUAGGCCGGGGUGCGGCGGCCGGACCUUGUACUAGGGUCGUUAGCCUCAAAAGCGGAUAUGGAUUGAGGGUGAAAGUCAAGCCGAGGAGGUUCCGGAUGCCGUAUG